AUGGCUACAUUCGCUACUGAUAAAGAUCUUAAUGCUGGUACUUCACAAGAUGUCCAUUUGGGUGUGAGCAGUUUCUCCGCCAUUGCUUGCGUUGAGGACCGGGACGUAACAUUAGCAACAGCUACAACCGAGAUUUUUGGUCGCUUUCAGUUUUUGAAGAUGCUUUUACAUCCGAAUAUUUGUGAAUAUGUAGAAAUAGUUAAAGGAAAACAUGACCGUCUGUUUGUUAUAUUCGAAUAUCAUAUGAACCAUGUUGGUAAAUUAUAUCACCGUGAUGAGCAGGGUAUCAUGAAUGUAUCGAGUGUAGGGGAUGCUAUGAUCCGUGAAUGGGCAUUUCAGAUCCUGAAAGCGCUAGCAUAUUUAAAUAAAAACAAUGUUACGCAUCAUAAUUUGGCACCGAAUAAUAUUUUAUUGGAUUCUCAG